AUGCCUUCUCGAGGUGGCCCCAAGCUCCAUGCUCUUCCAUGUGCUCACACAUGUGUGAGUUGGGGAUGCACUUGCCUGGUCACCGUGUGGCUCAUCCCGCCAGAAUGGCAGCCUCAACAGGGCAGGGCUGUGGGCAGGGCUAUUUCCUGUUUGUCUCCAGCUCGGGCUGACAAGGACAGUGGCUCUGCUUGCUGGGCCGGGCCGGCUGCAAGGCGGGAGGAAGUCACUGUCCUGCUGAGGAGCCUCGCCCGGCGCCCACUGCAACGCCGGUUACUCCAGGGCCCAGCGUGCGCCGGGGCCGGGUGCUGCUACAGGCACCGCGCAAGGGGAGCAGAUCCUGGGGCUGCCCGGGGGCAACAGAGAGUGGGCGGUGCAACAGAGCACUGCCAGUCUUGGCUCUCGCAGACAUCGGGACCAGCGAAGGUGGAGGAGUGCAGCUGGAUGAACCUGCAGCUGGGCCUGGACCCCUCACUGCUCAGCAGCAGCCGGACUGUGGUCCCAGCACCAGCGUGGCCAGCGGGCCCUGGAGGAAGAGGUCUGCGUCGCAUCCUCCCACCCGUCUGCCAGCUCCUGCGUGCCAGAGGAGAUGAGAGGCGAGUACGGGCACCUCCACGCCAGCCCACGCCCGCCUUGGCCUAGAGGACAUCCCCAGCUCACAGGACCUGAGGCAGCUGCUCCAGUCCUUCAGCCUCAGUGCCCCAAAGAGCCGUCUAACUGCCCACUGACCAAUCUGCCAGCGGCCAGUUUACCAAUGCCCGCUCAGCACGGCUCAGCUCCUGCCGCUGAACGCGUUCAAGACAAGCUACGGUUCCCGGAAACCCCAACCUGGCAACUGCGGCAGCGGCUGCUGGCUGCCCCCGGGCUGGGAUCAGCCUGGUCCCAUCU